AUGGACCUAUUACUUCUUGGUAGUGAGUCCCGAAAGACUCAUAUUAGGCCUCGUAAAAAUUUGAGAAGGGAUAAAUAUGACAUGGAAGAUAUUGAUGAGUUUUUCGAGGAGGAUGAGGAAGAUAUUGAAGAGGAUGUAAGAAACGAUGAUGAUCAGAAGGAAACGAGUACUCUGCAUGAUAAUAUAAACAACGUUGCUAGGAAGAUAAACUUUACAGAUGCUGAAGCGUCUAAGUUUGAUUUGUCUCCUAUUUCCAUUUCGAAAUACGCCGCGAGGAAGAAUAAGAAAUCUCCAUUAAGAUCACCAUUGCCAGAACAUAACAAAGGAAACCAAGAAAUACAAGGUACAUUUAUUGAGAGAGAUGAAGAAGAGAUAUUAAGUCUGAGAAGAAAUGACGAGGUUAAUGAUAACGACAAUAAUGGAUACAGUAAUAAUGAUUUGAACGACUUCGAUGAUAUUUACAUGGAGUUGUCACCAGUAGAUCUCUCGCCAAUGAAAGAUAGAGUAAUAGAUCAGGAUAUGGGUGAGGAAGUAGGUUCAAAAAUUCCUAGUGAAGCGGUAAAUCGACGUAGCGUGUCGUCCCUUACCAAAAAUAUGGCCCUAGGGGCAACUAAGAGACGAAGACCCUCGAAAAGAGUUGUGUCGCUGGAUGAUGAAUCUGAGGAGGAAGUAGCUAUUACUGGGGAUUCUAGUGAACUAUUGUCUCCCCCUCCUACGGACAAAAAGCGAUCUGGAAGAAAACCUGGCCGUAUAAGAGAAAUUAAUACCAAGCCUUCGCCAUUGCCAUCGCCUCCUCCAGAUGGUUUAAGAAGAUCUAAGAGAACUAGGAUCGCUCCGUUAGCUUAUUGGAGAAAUGAAAGAAUUGUAUAUUCUCGCGCAAAGGACAACGAAGUGGAUCCUGACACUACUCUAGCCACAGAUAUCAAAAAUAUUCCGCUACAAGAAAUUAAGGAAGUUGUUCAUAUACCAGAAGUUGAAAAGCUGAGCCCACCUACCACAAGGAGAUCAAGGCUGAGAUCUAGAACUCGUAAGAUAGCAAAGAAAUCUCAGAAAGAAAUUUACGAUUAUGAAUCUGAUCCUGAAAUAAGUGGUUCGGAAUGGUUUCAAGAUAAAACGCUUAAUCUCGAAGUUUACGAAGAUCCUGAAAAUGAAAUUAAGGUCGAAAGAACUAUAGCAUGGGCCCCGAAUGGUGGUUCUUUUCAAGAAGCGCCUAACAAGGAUGGUAAUGACAUUGAUAAUUUUAAAGUUGCGACGUUAUUCAAUUAUAAUAGAGAUGUUACUGCUUGUGGAUUGUUGGAAUUUCCUUUUGAAGGAUUCAAAAGUUUGAGAAAUUCGGGUGACUGCAUUUUUGACUUUCAUGUUGUAAAGGGUUUGAUCGAAGUAAUGAUGAACAAUGAUAAAUUUGUGGUUACAAGAGGUUGCUCGUUUGAAAUACCAAAUGCAAACAUAUAUGGCUUUAAAAAUAUCGGACAAGGAAAUGCCAAGUUAUUCUUCGUGCAGACUAGAGUCCCGGCAACAGAUGAAGUUGAAGCAGAGUUAUAG